GCUUCUGCCCUUGGGGCCUGCAGCAGCAUCCAGGAGGUGGAGGAAAUGGGGGUGGCAAUUAGUUGGGGGGGGGAGGUCAUGGCAGAGGCUCUGACUCGGUGUGUGCCAGGGAGACAGUGGGGACAAAGAACACUGCUGGGGUUUUGGGGUGCUUGCUGGGGCUGAGGCCUUGGGGUCCUCGCUGGGGCCUUGGGAUAAUCCCUGGCUCCAAAGCGAAGGGUGUGUGAGCCAGGCUGGGAGCCAGAGAGUCUUGUGGCUGGGUGGUGGUUUUAGGUGGCGCACUGGGGGGUAGGCCCUCAUCCCCUCACCCCAUGGCGGGAAAGCAGAGCAGUUUGCUCAAUGCCAGCUGAUAAGUUACCACACUGGUUCCUCUAGCAAACUGCCUGUGGCUUCUUUGCAAGGGGAACAGCCUCCCCACAGUGGCCACAUGCCAUGACAGAUGGGGAGGCUGGGACAAUGGUUCCUGCCACUCACUGGGGCUGAGAUGGUGGGGGUCAUUGCUGCUUGGAGGGGGCAAGGCCCUCCCGAGCCCCUGUGCCCAGUAGACACAGCUGGCAUGAGCUGGGUGCUGCUCACCUCAGAGGCACUGCAGUCCCCUUUUGCCCUGUGCUCAGCUUGCAGCAGGGAUGGCUGGGGACACACUCAUGAUGAGUUAGCUGGUCUCAGUCGUGUGCUCGAGCAACAGAAGUUGGUGGCACAGUUGGUGGGGGAGCAAGCCUUGAUCAUGCACUCACAGGGAGUGGGCACGUUGCUCCUGAACCUCUCUUGUGCCACGUGAGCUCUGUUCCCUGGCAGCCCAUCUCUCUGCCAGCUCAAGGAGGUGAGACCUACCUGGCAGGCCUGUGCAGCAGCCAUGGCACAGGCAGCUGGGUCCAGCCCUGGGGCUGGCACAACAUGUCUCUUCCUUGGCUGGGAGGGCCAAGGGCACCACCAAGUGCCAUCGUAGUGCUCUCAUUUGACUUCGGACCCGCCGCUAAUUCUUCCAAACCCAUCCAGCACCGCUGCAAGCUGGUGGAGAGCAGUCGCCGAGUGCCUGUGCUGAGGCCAAUGGUGCAUGCAGGGCUUGCUGGGCAGGGUUUGCCAGGCAGGGGCGAGUUAAUAUGGGCCCUCACACCACUAAGCUGUCACCUGCUUGGUCUCCCAUCAGUGAGAAGAAGGGGCUCCAUGUCGGAGGAGCUUAGCCUGGUCCCCCUGCACCAGAGGCCGGAGCUGAUGGAGGCCUGUGCCCAGCUGCUCGGCGAGGAGUGGGGAAAAAGCCGAGCAUCACGGCUCCACUCACUCCAGCGCUCCUCGGAUGCCUUCCCCACCUGCCUUGUGCUGCUGCAGAGCAGGGGCCCCACAGAGCUCCCCGCCGCAGAGGAGAGCCCCCGCCAGCUCCUGGGCCAUGUUCGGCUGUCUCGCGUGGCUGGCCACCCCCAUAGCCUCUUCGUGGAGAGUGUGGUGGUGCCCAAGGUGCUGCGGGAGCCAGUGCAGAUCAUGGCCUUCCUGAGCCCUGGCAUCUCUGCAGAGGUGUUGCGGAUCUUCUCUGCCUACCCCAGCCAAGCUGCCAGCACCCCUGAGACAUGGGUGCCACCCGCCACUCGGCCUUCCCUGCUACCUACCAUGGUGCCCCCUCCUCCCCCACUGCCUCCACUGGGCUGGGUGAGGGGUGUCCCAGCCAAGAGCUACAGGCAGAACCUCCUGGAGACCCCCCACCGCGAUGCUAAAGGCCUGCCCAUCUUCUGGAUGAAGAAGGACAUUUGAGGCCCCAGGGCCCCAAGACAGUCA